CUUCCGCCUCCAGAGGGUCGCCGCCGACUCCAGAAGGCUUUCAGUGACCGAAGUGCAAUCGCGUGUGACCAGUGUGUGCCACAUUUUCCAAACGGAGGCGAAGUGCGUGUCCUUACGUCAGUCCGCAGUGCCAAACCUGUGCCGUUUUUAUCAAAAUACGAUUUUACCCCCCAAAGGGCCAGUUCGAAAUUUUGGAUUUCCUCUUUUUCUAUGAGGGGUAUUUUUAGGUAAUAAAUGUCAAGGUGGAAAGGGCCCAACAUGGGCGUCAGCUGGCAUCACCUGCUCAUGAUGACGGCGGCGCUUGUUCCACCUUUCAUCUUCGCCGAAGAUGGCCGAAGGAGGCUCAAUAGUUUAAAAGGGAAAAACAACAUAACAACACCAGAGGAGUGGAAUCCCGUUGUCCUUCUCGACACUUCAAGAGAGCCUUCUCUCGGAUGGACGACGUACACAUUUGGAACACAGUCCACAACACCUGGGUGGGUGGAGGAAAGCUUCACGAACUUCGAGAAAGGCAUCAACUGGCGAUCGUACGUUGUCUGCGACGUUGCGUACAAUAGCGUCAACAACUGGCUCUGGACGCCUUUCGUCGAAAGGGGAAACGCCAACAGGAUCUACAUAGAGAUCAAGUUCACGAUAAGGGACUGCUCACUUUUCCCUGGCAAUGCUCUUUCCUGCAAAGAGACCUUUUCCCUGCUUUAUUACGAAUUCGACGCUGCGACCAAAGAGCCUCCGCCGUGGGAACCAGAUAGCUACAACCUCAUAGGCCGGAUAGCAGCGGGCGAGGGAAGGUUCAAUACCAAUUCCGAAGUCGUAAUAAACACAGAAGUGAAGUCCAUCCCGGUAACGAAGAAAGGCGUGUAUUUCGCAUUCCGCGACCAAGGAGCCUGCAUCUCGCUGCUCGCCAUAAAGAUCUAUUACAUAACAUGCCCCGAGGUGACCAUCAAUUUCGCCAAGUUCCCGACGACGCCGACCGGCCGGGAGGUGACCCUCAUCGAACACGCGACCGGAAGGUGCGUCGAAAACGCCGAAGAGUUCGAGACGCCGACCUACCUCUGCAAAGGAGACGGGAAGUGGUACCUUCCGACCGGAGGGUGCAGGUGUAAGCCCGGCUAUGAGGCCGACGUCGAAAAACAAACCUGUAUCGUCUGCCCGCCGGGCCAAUACAAGCACGCCAGCGGCUCCGAGCACUGUCAGCCAUGCCCGCCACAUAGCAAGAACCCCAACUAUGGAUCGUCCGAGUGCAGGUGCAACUCCGGCUACUACAGGGCUGAGGAGGAUCCAAAAAGCAUGCCUUGUACACAACCUCCAACUGCUCCGCAGAACCUCACAGUCAAUUUCAUCGAUCAAACAACUGUGAUUUUAUCUUGGUCUGAACCAAGCUUCUUGGGUGACCGAACAGAUACAAUGUACCGUUUGCAGUGCGAAGUCUGCGGGCAGGCUGUGGCUUACAUUCCAGCAACGGCAACUUUUAAAGAUACAAAAAUCACCAUCAGUGGACUGAGCCCAGUCACGAUGUACCGAUUUAAAGUAUACUCAAUGAACGGUGUAAGUGAGAUUGCAGGGAGUGAAGGCGAAUUUGUGGACAUCACAGUUACAACCGAGGCUUCUGUCACUUUCGCCUCAGUCCACAAUGUCAGGGUGACUGCUGUGAAAGCUGCUGAAAUAUCGCUCGCGUGGGAUCCGCCAAUUUCCCCUGACCCAGAAGCCGAAGUUCAAGUUGAAACCUAUGAGGUGAGAUGCUUCUCGAAACAUGAUGACACAAAUGGAACAAGCAAGCUCACAGUGGAGCAGAAAGCGACUUUCAACUCAUUGAAGCAACGUACCGAAUACGGAUUUCAAGUCAGGGCAAAAACCACCCACGGCUGGGGUGAAUUUUCAAUGCCAGUUUACAAAACCACAGGGCAGGUUUUGGAUACAGCAUACAUAGGAGAUGAGGACAAUAUGCAAGUCAAGAUAAUUGCUGGAGCUACUGUCACUGUUGUGGUCCUUCUAGUCCUAAUUAUUAUAAUGACUGUUAUAUUUCUUAGAAGCCGUGGUAACGAUGAGUGUAACAAGAAACAACCAAGCGAUUGUGACACACUGGAAUAUAGAAAUGGAGAAGUGCACUGCAAUUUGGAUAAUCCUUCAAUUGUUGCGACCCACACGAAUGGCAUGACAACACCACUUUUCACUCAAGUCGGAUCAACAGCUUCGAGGACUUAUAUUGACCCUCACACUUAUGAAGAUCCGAAUCAAGCUGUCAAGGAGUUUGCCAGAGAGAUCGACGCAUCUUAUAUCAACAUAGAAGCAAUAAUUGGCGGCGGUGAGUUUGGAGACGUCUGCCGAGGCAAACUGAAACUCCCACCAGACGGAAGGUCAGAAAUAGACGUGGCAAUCAAAACGUUGAAAUCCGGUAGUGCGGAUAAGGCGAGGAACGACUUCCUCACCGAAGCGUCCAUUAUGGGUCAGUUUGAACACCCCAACGUCAUCUUCCUUCAGGGAGUAGUCACUAAGUCAAAUCCAGUUUUAAUAAUAACUGAGUAUAUGGAAAACGGAUCUUUAGAUACAUUUUUAAGAGCAAAUGAUGGUAAAUUCCAAGUAGUUCAAUUAGUAGGGAUGUUGCGAGGCAUUGCAUCAGGUAUGCAAUACCUAUCAGAGAUGAACUAUGUACACAGGGACCUGGCCGCCAGGAAUGUACUCGUCAAUUCCCAAUUAGUGUGUAAAAUUGCAGAUUUCGGUCUUAGCAGAGAAAUUGAAAGUACGACUGAGGGAGCUUAUACAACAAGGGGGGGUAAAAUUCCAGUCCGAUGGACAGCACCAGAAGCGAUAGCUUUUAGGAAGUUUACAUCUGCAUCUGAUGUCUGGUCAUUUGGUAUAGUCUGUUGGGAAGUCAUGUCUUACGGGGAACGACCUUAUUGGAAUUGGAGCAACCAAGACGUUAUCAAAUCUAUUGAAAAAGGAUAUAGGUUACCAGCACCAAUGGAUUGCCCUGAGGCAAUUUACCAGCUAAUGCUAGACACAUGGCAGAAAGAGAGGACACACAGGCCUACAUUUGGGUCUAUAGUUAAAACAUUAGAUAAGCUCAUUAGGUGUCCUGAUACCCUUCGGAAAGUUGCCCAAAACAGGACGGGGAAUCCACUCGCACCAGAUGCACCUGAUAUGACCCAGUUCCUUUCUGUUGGCGACUGGCUAGCCUCGAUUAAGAUGUCCAGGUAUGCCGAUAACUUUGAGCAGGGUGGAAUUACGACAUUGGAGGCAGUCGUACGUCUUACGGUGACUGAGCUCACCUCGCUCGGCGUAACGCUUGUCGGUCACCAGAAGAAAAUAAUGAACAGUGUACAGGCAAUGCGAGCCCAAAUCUCUGCCAACCUCUCCGAAGGAUUCCUCGUCUAGUAAUUAUUCCCUGCCUUGACCAUUUUCUCUAGACAAAAUUUGAUGUUCACUGUGAUAACCAAAAUUUUUUAGUACUUAAAUUUUAGUUUGGAAAUUAUUAUUUUUUAUUACAAAAGAGUGAUUUUUGUUUAUUAUUAUUUUAUUAUUAAUAUUAUGAUUAUAUUAUUAAAUUAAAAGAGGAUUUGUGUAUAGAGGUCGCCAAAUUGUACAAAUAGGUAUAAAGCGACUGUUUAGCAAUAAUCGGAGAGAUUCUAAAAAAAAUUUUUGUUGUGGAUCCAGACUGCGAUCUUCAUACUUUUGUAUAUUUAUUGUAUGAAUUUGUUGUAAAUAUCCUUUUAAUUAUUGUUUCUUUUUUCCCUUCAGAAUUGUUGUUUAUACAUUGUAUACUUGAAAAUUGAAUGAAUGUUGUAUUUAUAAAAUAUAAGUGGUAUAUGGAAGUAACUAAGAACUAACAUUUUUUUUUUUUUUUUAAUUAAUUCUGUAUAAAAAGAGAAACUUCUUAUUGACUUGACACUCACACAAUUGAAUAUAAAUUAAAAUCCUUUCAAAAAAUGGAGCUGGAAUUGAAAUAAUAAAAAUGAAAAGUCAAUAAAGAAGUAAGGAAAAUUUGGCCUACAUAAAAAAAGGCCAAGAAAAGAAAUAUAGUUUCCAAUUUCAACUUGAAAAGAAAAAUUGCCAAAGUUAUAUUGCCAAGUUGCUGUUCUUUUUCUUUAUUUUCAAGUUUCAAUAUUGAAGUUUUUUUCUCCAAAAUUUUGAGAUUCAACAGAAACCCUCAUUAUUGCAAAUAAUACAAAUAUAUUUUAAUACUUAAACCAAUAUGAAUCUUAUUGUAUAUUACGUAUUUUAUCCUACCAUUGUGUGCUUAGAAAAGGUCAAUAUUGUAAUAACAGAAAAAAAGUUUUUUGAUGGUAAUUAACAAUAAAUUAUUUUUACAACUGAAUAUAAUUAUGAGUGUACAUUGGAAAGUACGUUUGUACAUAUUUAUAUCAUAUAAAGAUUAAUUUUGUUGUACUUAAAAAAUAAAUAAAAAAAGAAAAGAAAAUCUUUAAUUAAUUCUGCAUUGCAUUUAAUGAAAGAGGAAAAUACAUUGACAUAUCUAAAUAAAUUAUAAUUUCUUGACAAAAGUAAGAAAUCAAAUGGUGAAAAAUUCUGUAAACGCAAGUUUAAAACAAGCUAGUGUCUUGUUUCUUCAUAAAUCACCUAAUUUUCCUUCAGUACAGUGUUUUGUUUAUAAUUAAAAAAGGAAAAUCAAUAAAAGACUUAAUUUUAAAAACGAUAAAACUUUACUGCUUAAGUAAAAUUGAAUACAACCAACAUAAAUGGUGAUGAUUUAUACUUUCUGGAGCAGUGGUUGUUUCAUGUAAUAUAAAUUGACUUUGUAUAUUUCUGCUAUUGUUACUCUACAUUUAUUUUAAAUUCUUUUAUAAGAGUUUCAUUAUGAAAACAAUUCAUAUAAAUAAAUUCGUCCAAUAAUA